ACUAAUCUGCACCGGAAGCUGUAGUCUUCACUGCGGCUAACUUCACACUUUGAACAAGAUGGCGUCUAGCAGAAAGGAGUGUUAGCAGAGUGUCUUUGUUGUGUAGAGAAAGAGGUAAAAUGUGUAAAGUCCAGAUGCUGAGAGCGUUGGUGGAGCAGCGACUAACUGCGGCUGCUGAAGAGAUAUUUGGGCUGUUUGAAAGAACGAUAGCAGAGUACGAGGAGGAACUUUGUCGUUCAAAAGAGGAGAACGAGCGACAACGGGAGCUACUGGACGCUUUCUACAACACUCAGUUUCGGCUACACAGAGCAGAUGUUGAACAGCUGUCUGUGGUUAAAAAAGACGUUCUCCCUGAGCAGCGGGAGUGUAGCUCCAGUGUGGACCAGCAGGAGCCAGAGCCCCCCCCACACAUUAAAGAGGAACAGGAGGAACUACUGAUGACAGCAGCUUUAAACUCUCUGAAACAUGAAUCAAGAUGUAAGAAAACAUUCAGCUGCUCCGAGUGCGGGAGAAGAUUUGGCCGCAAGGAAAAUCUGAAGAGUCACAUGAGAACUCACACAGGAGAGAAACCUUUCAGCUGCCCAUUCUGUAUGAAAUCUUUUACACACAGUGCAAAUUUAAGGUCACACAUGAUAAUCCACACAGGGGAGACGCCCUUCAGUUGCUCUGAGUGUGGAAAAAGUUUUUGCUACAAAACACAUCUGCAGACGCACAUGAUGACUCACACGGGAGAAAAACCUUUCAGCUGCUCGGUCUGUAAUAAAUCUUUUACAGAGAGAGGAAGUUUAAAGGCACACAUGAGAAUCCACACAGGGCAGACGCCAUUUAGCUGCUCUGAUUGUGGAAAAAGAUUUAACCAGAUCUCAAAUCUGAGGAGACACAUGAGAACUCACACAGGAGAAAAACCUUUCAGCUGCUCUGUCUGUAAGAAAGCUUUUACACAGAGUAACCAUUUAAAAUAUCACAUGAAACAACACACAGGAGAGGAACCAUCUACUUCCUGUGUUAGUGACGUCAGGAAGCAGCAGGAGUGGAGCUCCAGUGUGGACCAGGAGCAGCUAGAGAAUCUCAGCCAGGUUGGAACUCUCUGAACCAUAGAAAUAAAAUGGAUAGAAAGGCCAUUUCCAUUCAAAUCAACGUAGCAUAAUGGUCAGAGUGGCAGCCAUUUUUAUGUGUACCAUUGCCAUGGUAACGUAUAAACUUCAGUAUAAGCCCUGAUUGGUUGGUUCCCUUCACAGUGUUUCCUGGAGGCCUGUUUCACAAAAGUAGAAUUUAUAAAUCCAGGAUAACUGAUAAAGUGAGGCUUGACCUAGUCUAAUCUCUGCAGCCUGACUUGGUGUAUUUCACGAAGGUCGAGCCAGGCUGAAGGAAUUCGGAUAGAUGCAGGUUUGCGGCUUUCCUUAGGUCGGUAACAGAUUUAUCAAUGCUAAAAUGGAGAAACCUGUAUAUGCAUUGUUCAUACUUUAUACAGAGCAGCUUCUUGUGGAAGUAUGAUAACGUGAAACAGCGAGAGAAAGCGUAGCAGUUGAUCGCGGACCGACUGAUUGUGUAAUUGUAGCCUAAACGUAUACAUUAACUGACCUCUGCUCUGAACUGAAACGGUCAUAAUCGUACCAUUCAAGGAUUAGGCUACUAAUCAUUUGCACAAAUUAACCGUUGUACUCUUUGCCUUAAACGUACGCAGAAGAUAAUGUUACUCAAGAAAUUUACUAUAAAGCUCAAUUUUCUACAACGCUAGAAUAGUAAAUAUCUCUUUCACUCUGUUUCUUCCUCUCUCUCUCAUGGUCUAAAAUAUUAAUUUUUCCUAAGUCAUAUUAACUUCCACUGCUUGCUAGAUUAUCAAUCAGUCGGUCCUUCUUUACAUAUGAUAUGCUUUGCUCCCUCAUAUAUAUGGACAUAGAAAAGAAAGACUCUAAAAUCUAGAAACUAUUAUGAAGUGAUAGAUUUCAUG